AUGGUACUACUACUGCAUGUGUGGGGCCCGGCCUUCUCCCUGCCCUCAAUUGACGCACAAUGUCUUGCUGUCAUUGCGUACUGCUCCGAAGCCCUUCCCAAGGGCUCCUGGGAGCUGGUCGCGACCAGCGAUCCCUCAGUCUCCCCAACCGGUGAGCUGCCCGCUCUUCAGAAUGGAGAAGUCUGGGUUAGCCGGUUCCGCAACAUCGUUGACUACCUGCGCCAAUACUCGGAGGGAGCAUGGAAUUUGGAUCAAAACUUGAACGAAGUCCAGCAGGCCGACAGCGUCGCAUUCUCCUCCUUCGUCGAAUCCCGUGGCCAAUCUCUCCUCGACCUCUCCCUCUACGUUACAAGCCAAAAUUACUACGCAAACACCUCUCCAGCAUACGGCGCACUCCUCCAGUGGCCAAACCAAUGGAUCCUCCCCCCGAAGCUGCACACAGCUGCCAAAUCCCGAACAGAGCACCUGGGUCUCUCCUCUCUAGACCUCCAAGCAAUGGAGGACCAGCGCCAACGCGACCACUCCGCCGCAGUCGCGUCCGGUCAAAUCCCCAAGAACCUAAUCCAACAGCCCAAAGACACAGUCUCCAAACUGCUCGGCCGAACCGCACAAUCAAAUCACUUCCGUCUGGAGGCUAUUACGGCAGACUUCUUCGAACCCCUCGAGGCAAUGCUAUCCAGCAAAUCCUGCCUCCUCCCUGCCGACUCAGACAACUCUCCCUCCUCACUCGACUGCAUCGCAUCCGCAUAUCUCUCUCUAGCUCUUAUCCCAGACCUGGCUUUCCCGUGGUUGCGCGACGCAAUGCGCGCAAAGGCCCCGCUUCUCACCGCAUACACGGAGCGCAUGCGCUCGCGCGCUUUCGGCGUAGUAGAUGUCAGUCACGCCUUCACGCCGGUGACUGAGUCAUUGCCGUGGCGUGCGCCGGAUCGUCUCUCCGUUGCGACGGUCGGAAGCACGCUUCUCAAUACGCUAGCGGAUAACACUCCAAUCCUGAAGGAGGUCAGAGCCAAUAGGCGAUUGAAGCAGGCUAUUCAGUCAGAUGAGAACUUUAGUCCCGUGCAGAAACAGGGACUUUCUCUGUAUGCUGAUUCUAAGAGCAAGGAUAUGCUGGUUUCUAUCGCUGCGGUUGUGGCGGGAAGUGCGGCUCUGGUUGGAUAUAUGGUGCACGUGGGAUUAAUCUCCUUCUCUAGGGGGGCUGAGGAGGAGGAAGAGGAGGAGGAGGUGUAUGAACCUGACCAGGUUGUUCAUAUGCCUGCCUCUGAAAUCCUGGGGUUGAACCUUGGAUAA